AUGCCGACGUCUUCUCUCACGCGCUCCCCUCCAAGCAUCGGAACUGAGCGUCCUGCCCCAACUCAUAUGUUUCCAUUGCUUCCGUGGCUUUCAUCGUCUCCAUCCUCUCCAUCGUUUCUCCUCGUUCGCAUCAAUCAAGGAAUACCCACGAGCACGGGCUUUCCACUUGCUCCUUGUUCAUCCUCAACUUGCACCACUCUCAUUUCUGCCAUGGCACCAGGAGGACAUUGGGCCGAUGCCGCGUUUCUGCACGACCUCGUCGUGGCCUUUUUCGAAGCCGGCGCCGAAACGGGCGCACACACGGCUGAGGUUCGCAACGCCAUCACUUCGCGCAUGGAUGAGAUGCAUCACAAGGUUACGUGGGAGGGGAUACGGCAGCACAUCCAGAAACUGCGUCGGGAUCAGACCUCCCCCCAGAAAGCCAACAACGGCGCUGGAAGCGCCGGCUCUCCCACCAAGAGCGCUACGCCACGCAAACGCAAGGCCCCUUCCAAGACGUCCAAAGUAGCUCCAGAGUACUACUCUGACAUGGACGACGAGCUGCCGUUCAAGGCCGAAGACGCCGACGACAAGAUGCUCGCCAAGCGCAUCAAGAUGGAAUGA